AUGGCCUUACUACCCUGGGAGCCAAAUAAGCUGUCUGUCACCAAGCGCAUCCAGGAUUUUAUGUCCUCUAAUGUGAUCUGUCUGCGUCCUGUUAUGCGUGUUCGUGAUUUGAUGACCACUGUGGUCAAUAAUUUUCAUCACGCUUUUCCUAUUGUCGUUGGCUCGUUAUGUGAAACCAGACCUGCCUAUGGCAAACUCAUCGGACUCAUAUCUUCCGAGCACUUAGCGAUGUUGCUGAAAAAAAAAGUUAGCUACAUAUCCACCCCUUCAUACUUUUGA